CGCGGCUGCUGUAGAGGGCAGAAGUACAGUUUUUUUGCAGUUGUGUGUACUGUGUACAAUACAUUGAAGGAAGAAACACCCCGGCUGAGGAAAAUGGCCGAUGUAGAGAUGGAUAUCGCGUCUAGCAGAAUGAAUAACGGAAACGAGCACGUGAAAGAAGAUUUGGAGAGCCAUGACAAGAGUGGGAGUGAGGAGGAGAGUGGUGAGAAUUCAGAAGAAGAAGAGCGGGAGGAGAAAGAAGUCGGGGAGGGGGAAGCAGAAACUAACGGUGAAAAGACAGCGAAGGUGUCCAAACAUCACAGCAGUGGCAGCAAACACAAGAAGAAGAAACACAAACACCGCAGCAAGCACAAAAAACACAAGCACCCGUCUGAAGAGGACAAGGACCGAAAGCGCAAACAUCGACACAAACACAAGAAACACAAACGUAAAGAUGGCUCCUCUUCUUCCGUCCCAGGCAUCAACAGCGCCUCCAGCCAGAGAAAGACUCACAUCUCCCCUUCAUCUGACGACAAGGCCUUAUUGGAGGAGUUGGAGAAACAGAGGGCCAUGAUUAAAGCUGAGCUGGACAGCCAGGUGAUGGAGGGGGGUAAGGUGCAGUCAGGCAUGGGCCUCAUCCUACAGGGUUAUAACUCUGGCUCUGAGGAGGGAGACGGAGAGGGCAGGGUCCGGAACGGGGAGCAGCGUCAGAAGGGCAGUAUGGGGAAACCCCCCUCCCCCAGGGGUAGGAGUGGUAAAGCCAGACGGGACUCCACAGAAGCCAGCAAGUCCAGCUCUAAGCGCCACAGUCGGAGCAAGUCCAAGGAGAGGACAGGCAAGGAAUCCAAGUCGGACAAAACAACCAAAGGCAGCAAAGAUGUAGCCGCCAAAGGCCGUGGCCGCAGCAAAUCAAAAGAGAGGAAGCGUUCCCAAAGCGGGGGCAGGUCCAAAGAGAGAAACAAGAAGUCUCCUUCCCCCUCCAGCAGGAGGGCAGAGCAGAGGAGCGGCCGCUCAGACAAACGCUCUUCGCCCCAGCCUGACGACAGACCAAACACGGAGCGUGGCAGCCGGAGGUCCAGAUCACGGGAGCGUCCAGGGCGGUCGGAAUCAGAAAGAGAGCGAGACAAGAGGCCGACAAAGUCACCUUCCAAGGAUGCUUCGUCAGGGAAAGAGAACCGCUCUCCCCACAGGCGAGGAGGAGGAGUGGCCAUUAGCCCCUCGAGGAGACGCAGCGCCUCCCCACGUCCCACCAGAGACUCCCAGCAGGCAUCCGCUUCAGCUUCCACCUCCAAACAGGGCUCUCCUUCCAGAUCAGCCAGGUCCCCAGCAAGGAGAGGCCGCAGUCGCUCCCCAGAUGCCAGGAGGAGGGAUGCUGACAGACAGGGCUCCUCACCACUCCGAAAGCGAAUACGCCCAGAAGCAGGGCCAGGGGGUAGAGCGAGGUCACGGGAGACCAGCCCCAGAGGUGCUCCCCAACGUCGCAGGAUGAGCCGCUCACCCUUCAGAAGAAGGUCCCCCUCGCCCUUCCGGAGACGGAGCAGGUCUCCAAUGAGACGCAGGUCGCCAGAAAGAGACAGAUACGGCCGUCUCAGACAGUACGGCCGGCGCUCCAACUCCCGGGACCGGGACAGGAGGAGGAGACAUGGCCGGGACGAGGACAAGUUCAAGGGCAGCCUCUCUGAGGGCAUGAAGGCCGACAAGGAGUCCUCCGAGGAGGAAGUGCUUGAGGACUUUGACGGUGAGGAGGUGGAUGAAGAGGCCAUCAUAGAGCAGCGCCGGCAGCAGCGACUGGCUAUCGUCCAGAAAUACCGUGGCGGCAACGAGGACAGCAUGGCAUCCAUGGCGUCGGAGCCCAGCAGCCCGCAGAGCAGCACACGGAGCCGCUCGCCCUCGCCAGACGACAUCCUGGAGCGUGUGGCGGCCGACGUCAAGGAGUACGAGCUGGAGAAUCUGGACACGUUUGAGGAGAACAUCAAGGCCAAGCAAGGCCUCAUCACGCAGGAGAAGGAUGGACCCAAAAAGCCCUCGGCCCCUGAUAUGUUUACGGAGUCGGACGUCAUGUUUGAAGCAGCCAUUGAUAGUGCCAGGAUGAGAGCAGCAGGUGUUGGGGGGAAGGACUUCAAAGAGAACCCCAACCUCCGGGACAACUGGACUGAUGCAGAGGGUUACUACCGCGUGAACAUCGGGGAGACGCUGGACAAGCGCUACGACGUGUACGGCUACACAGGCCAGGGAAUGUUCAGCAACGUGAUCAGGGGCAGGGACACGGCCCGCGCUGGACAAGAUGUGGCCGUCAAGAUCAUCCGCAACAACGAGCUCAUGCAGAAGACUGGCCUGAAGGAGCUGGAGUUCCUCAAGAGGCUCAACGACGCCGACCCAGACGAUAAGUUCCACUGCUUGCGCCUCUUCAGACACUUCUACCACAAGCAGCACCUGUGUCUGGUGUUCGAGCCCCUCAGUAUGAACCUGCGCGAGGUGCUGAAGAAGUACGGUAAGGACGUGGGCCUUCACAUCAAGGCUGUCCGCUCCUACACCCAGCAGCUCUUCCUGGCACUCAAACUCCUCAAACGUUGCAGCAUCCUCCACGCUGACAUCAAGCCUGACAACAUCCUGGUGAACGAGUCGAAGACCAUCUUGAAACUCUGCGAUUUUGGCUCGGCGUCCCAUGUUGCAGACAAUGACAUCACACCGUACCUCGUCAGCAGAUUCUACAGAGCUCCAGAAAUCAUCAUUGGGAAGCCGUACGACUACAGCAUAGACAUGUGGUCAGUGGGCUGCACGCUGUACGAACUCUACACCGGCAAGAUCCUUUUCCCUGGCUCCUCCAACAACCACAUGAUCAAACUGGCCAUGGACCUCAAGGGCAAGAUGCCCAACAAGAUGAUCCGGAAAGGCCUGUUCAAAGACCAGCACUUUGAUCAGAACCUCAACUUCCUCUACAUUGAAGUAGACAAAGUGACCGAAAGGGAGAAGGUAACCGUGAUGAGCACAAUCAACCCCACCAAGGACCUGCUGUGUGACAUGGUGGGUGGCCAGCGGCUGCCCGAGGAGCAGAGGAAGAAGGUCCUGAUCCUAAAAGACCUGAUCGACGGCACGCUGAUGCUGGACCCUGCCAAACGCAUCAGCAUCAACCAGGCCCUGCAGCACCCCUUCAUCCAGGAGAAGAUCUGAACUCAGACCAGUCCAACAAUCAACCAGGCCCUGCAGCUCCCCUUGAUCCAGGAGAAGAUCUGAACUCAGACCAGCCCAACCAUCAACCAGGCCCUGUAGCACCCCUUGAUCCAGGAGAAGAUCUGAACUCAGACCAGCCCAACCAUCAGCCAGGCCCUGCAGCACCCCCUUCAUCCAGGAGAAGAUCUGACCUCAAACCAGCCCAACCAUCAACCAGACCAGCCUUGCCAGGUAGAAAUACAAGACCAGACGCCCCAUUGAGAAUGUUAUGGAUAAAUUGUUUCCCCUAUUUUGAUUAUGAUGGGUACGAUAACCUGGUAUGUUUUAAUUGUAAAUAAGUAAAAUAGACAUUCAUGAAGAAAAAAUAAUUUUGAUUUAUCAUAAACCCCACCCCCCUCCGGCGGUGAUGCAGCAGUUAUGGACUAUUUCUAUUUAGCUGGCAUUGAAGUGAAUGACAUUAAAAUAAUAAAAUUAUUGUAAACAUGUCUAAUGCAUUGUCGAAGUAUCUGAGUGUAGGUCGGUUUAGAAAUGUGUGUUGUGUACUAGUCGCAUCAAGGAGAUGCAUCAUCUUCAACGGUAACAUUUUUAAUGAUCACCAACAUUGCUCAUUCUGCGACUGUGCAUGCUUUUGAAUGUGCACCCCUUCGUUGUGCUCUAGAUGUGUCUAGCAUAAGCCUGUGUACUGUUAAUGCUCUCUGUAACCAGGUUUCCAGCCAACCUUUUUAUCCGAGGAAAGUACACGUUAGAUUCAAAAAUGUCAAGAACUUUCCAAAAUGUCUGCAAAAUAAAACACCAGACAGGGUGGGAUGUUUUUGUCGGUAAAAUUCAUUACGUGAGAAAUGGCAGAAACGUUUUUGUUUGAUGCUCCUUUCCUAAUAAAUGUAGAGGGUCUUAUUCUGGUGACAUGAUUGAUGCUUGACUGCCGUUUGACAAAUACAAAAUAAUCUCACUUUUAUCCAUAAUAAUCUCAUGUCGGUAGCCUAACCGCACUGUAUCUGCAAGCUGUUGGCUAAAGCACACGUACUAAGACCAGAGCGGGUACAUUCGCUAUAUAGUGCAACUUUUGUUGUGCCGAAAACCAUCUGUGGAGUUGAAAAUGUGAUGGAAACCAAUUGAACUUAUUCUGUACAUUUUAAAUGAACUGCGCUACACCACGUUCAGCCUUUUAUCUGGAACAAGUCAUUUUGAUGGAAAUAUCUCUGGUGGGGAAAUGUGCAUAUUGUUUUUGUGGAUUUUAGAAUAUUCACCAAUUGGAUGGUAACCUAGUGUGUGUGCGUAGCAGCAUUGAUGUCCCACAUGAUGGCACCACAAUCUCCAUUUCACAGGUCCCAGGCCUGUGCUUAAGGAAUGGACUCAACAGUAGUACUGUACUCCCCUCGAACAAUAAGACCGUUCCAUUUCGAGGUCGGUCAUUGUGUUAUUUUACAGAACAGAGCAGCCCCACUGACUCCAACGGUUUCACACAUUUCCUCCUCUCUCUCUGACACGGUCCUGGCUAUAGGCUCUCAGAUUUAAGUGCCUCCUGUAUGAUUCUUGUGUGUAGAACACAGAACAAUGCGGGCCUGUGAAAGCCGCCACCUCGUUCUCCUCCCAUGUUGUAUAUAUUCCAUUGUUGCCACAGUCUUUCUCCAUGUUAAAGAUUUUCAUGUUUGAUUUGUUUCUUUUCUCAUUGAGGGAAAAAAAUAUUGUGAUUUAAGCAAAGAACUGAGAUGUGAAAGAGCACCUUCAGUGCACCACCACUUUUAGUAAUAAAAUAUUUCCUAUUCAA